GGACAUCCUGAAAAGUGGAGGCACAGCUGUGGAUGCUGCCAUUGCUGGCUUGAUCUGCACCUCGGUGAUGAACCCUCAAAGUUCAGGCCUGGGUGGAGGGGUUGUUUUUACCAUCUAUAAUGCCAGCACAGGAACAGUUGAGGUGAUCAACGCCCGUGAGACAGUCCCACGAGUGUUUCCGCACAAUUUGUUGUCUGGCUGCGCUGCUGGUUUCCCCAUUGGUUUCCACUGGAUUGCUGUACCAGGAGAACUUCGUGGGUAUGAAGAAGCCCAUAAGCGAUAUGGCCGCUUACCGUGGAAAGCCCUAUUUGAACCAACCAUCAAGCUCCUUUCAGAGCCACUUGUCAUUUCCUCAGCUAUGGACAAAAUAAUCCAACAUCCACACUUCUCCAGUGUAGGAAGAAGAUUGUGCCCACUGAUAUGUGACGGUCAAAGGUUUUUGAAGCGUGGAGAGACCUUCAGGUGGCCAGCACUGCAGCAAACACUGAGAGCUGUAGCAGAAAAUGGAGCUACAGCAUUUUAUGAGGGGCAGAUAGGAAAGGCCCUGGUGGAGGACAUUAGGAAGGCUGGGUCCAGUAUCUCACUGGAGGACCUUCAGGCAUACAAAGCAGACGUGUCCUCAGCUUUGAACAUUACCCUGAACAAUCACACCAUGCUGUUUUCUCCUGGACCGCCCAUGGGAGGUGCUGUGCUCAUGUUCAUCCUCAAGAUAUUGGAAGAGUAUAAACUCCACGAAGCAUCACUGGCGACACCCAAGGAGAAGGUGGAAACCUACCAUCGCAUUGCAGAGGCCCUGAAGUUUGGCAAUAUGCUAAAACCCCAUAUGAGUGACCCAGACUUCUCUGAAGCUCAGGUGACUGCCAGCACAAUCAUAGAAUCACAGAAUCAUAGAAUCAUUUAG